CUGGUGAGGAAUUCCCACAUCCCAUCUCUCACCUGACUAUAAAACCUCAGAGGAAGAAGAAAGAAGGAGCAAACGAAUGAGGAACGAGAAGAAAUAAAGAACAAGGACUGACAGAAAAAUAAGGAGGGAGGAGGAGCCCUGUGCUGUCCCGUUGGGGCACAGCUGCCGGAGUUUGCGGACGUUUGCACCGAGGGCAGCUGCUACCCCGCCACAGGUGACCUGCUGAUCGGCCGGGCGCACAAACUCACCGCCUCGUCCACCUGCGGCCUGAAGCGGCCCGAGCGCUUCUGCAUCGUCGGACAUCUGGAGGAGGAGAAGAAAUGUUUUGUGUGCGACUCCAGGCAGAUGUACCACGAGGAUGUCAACCCCGUCAGCCACACCAUCGAGAAUGUGGUCACCACCUUCGCCCACAACCGCCUCAAAACCUGGUGGCAGUCGGAGAACGGUGUGGAGAACGUGACCAUCCAGCUGGACCUGGAGGCCGAGUUUCAUUUCACACACCUUAUCAUGACCUUCAAGACGUUUCGACCGGCUGCAAUGGUGAUCGAGCGGUCCAUGGACUUUGGGAAGACGUGGCAGGUUUAUCGUUACUUUGCCUACGACUGCAAGUCGUCCUUCCCCAGCGUGUCCUCUGGGCCGUUGGCAAAAGUGGAUGAAAUCAUCUGCGACUCUCGUUACUCAGACAUUGAGCCAUCCACGGAGGGAGAGGUGAUAUUUCGGGUGCUGGACCCUGCGUUUGAGAUUGAGGACCCAUACAGCCUGAGGAUACAGAACAUGUUGAAGAUCACUAACCUCCGGAUGAAGUUCUUGAAGAUCCACACGCUCGGGGACAACCUGCUCGACUCCCGCGACGAGGUGACGGAGAAGUACUACUACUCCCUCUACGACAUGGUUGUCCGCGGCAACUGCUUCUGCUAUGGCCAUGCCUCCGAGUGCGCCCCGAUCGACGGAGCACCGACUGGAGCUGAGGGCAUGGUCCACGGGCGCUGUGUAUGUAAUCACAACACGGAGGGACUAAACUGUGAACGCUGUAAAGACUUUUACCAUGAUUUGCCUUGGAAACCUGCAGAGGGACGAAACACCAAUGCAUGCAAAAGGUGUGAGUGUAACCAUCACUCCACAUCCUGUCACUUCGACCUGGCCGUGUACAUGACGACCAGCAACGUGAGCGGAGGCGUGUGCGAGGACUGUCAGCACAACACGGUGGGCCGACAGUGCGAGCAGUGUGCGCCCUUCUACUACCAGCACCCGAGCCGAGACCUGAGGGACCCCAACAUCUGCGAGCCUUGUAACUGCGACCCGACUGGGUCUCUGCAGGGUGGACUGUGUGACACGCGGACUGACGUGGCAGCUGGACUGAUCUCAGGCCAGUGUCGGUGCAAAGCCAACGUGGAGGGCGAGCGCUGCGACACCUGCAGACAGGGUCACUACGGACUGGGGCAGGGUCCUGAUGGCUGCCUGCCUUGUACCUGUAACCUGCUGGGCACCCUGCCUGGAGGAAACUGCGAUUCAGAGACGGGAAGUUGCUUCUGCAAGCGCCUCGUCGACGGACAUAGCUGCGAUCAGUGUCUGCCACAGCACUGGGGUCUGUCCAAUGACAUGGAUGGCUGCAGACCAUGUGACUGUGACCAGGGUGGGGCUGUCAACAACAACUGUGACCCCCACUCAGGACAGUGUGUGUGCAGGGAGCACACGUUUGGACGACGCUGCGAUCAGGUCGAGUCCGGCUUCUACUUUAUCGCUCUGGAUCACUACACCUACGAGGCAGAGGACGCCAAGCAUGGACCUAGCGUAACUUUGGUGCCGAGGCCUUAUCCUCUGGAUACCCGUCCCACGUGGACGGGUAUGGGCUUUGUUAAUAUGCCAGAAGGAGCCUACUUAGAGUUCACCAUCAACAACAUCCCAGAGUCCAUGGACUAUGACAUCCUAAUUCGCUAUGAGCCGCAGCUGCCCGAGCAGUGGGAGCAGGUAAGCGUCCGAGUGCAUCGUCCCGUCUUCAACCCUCCAAACUACUCAAGUCACUGCAGCAACUCCAUCCAGAGUGGAGACGAGCAGUCCAUCUCUCUCCUACCUGAAUCCAGACACGUGCUGCUGGUGAGGCCGGUGUGUUUCGAGAAAGGACUGAACUACACGAUCCGUCUCAGUCUGCCUCUCUACUCGUCUGCCACUGACAUCCAGAGCCCAUACACACUCAUCGACUCGCUGGUGCUCAUACCCAGGGUCAGUGAGCUGGACAUGUUCCACGGGGUCGACGGUGAGGGAGCGUGGGAUACGUUCCAGCGUUACCGAUGUCUGGAGAACAGCCAGAGCGUCAUCAAAGGCCCCAUGACCGACAUCUGUAGCGACUACAUCUUCAGCGUCUCUGCUCUGCUACACAAUGGAGCCAUGGCAUGCCAUUGUGACCCUCAGGGUUCACUCAGCGCUGUUUGUGAGCCCAGUGGAGGUCAGUGCCGGUGUCGACCCAACAUCAUGGGCAGGAACUGUGAACACUGUUCCCCGAACACGUACCUGUUCAGCCCCGCCGGCUGCAGACCUUGCAAGUGUGACCCUCGGGGCUCAGUCAGUGACCUCUGCCACGAGGCGACAGGCCAGUGUGAGUGUGUUCCAGGGGUCAUGGGGCGCCAGUGCUCCCACUGCCUGCAGGGUUUCUGGGGCUUCCCUCACUGCAGACCGUGCCAUUGUAACGGCCACAGCGAGUACUGCCAUCCUCAGACGGGAGAGUGUCAGGGCUGCAGAGACUUCACCACCGGACAUCACUGUGAAAGGUGUCUGGACGGUUACCAUGGUGACCCAGAGUUGGGUUCAGGUGGCCACUGUCGCCCCUGCAUGUGCCCCGAUGGCCCGCGCAGUGGACGCCAGUUUUCUGACAGCUGUUACCUUCUGGCUAGCACUAACCAGCUGGUGUGUGUGUGUAGCCCUGGCUACAAAGGUGCCAGGUGUGAUGAGUGUGCUCCUGGUUAUUUUGGCAACCCUCUGGUGCCUGGUGGCCGCUGCUUACCCUGCCAAUGUAACAACAACAUCGACAUGCACGACCCGGGGUCCUGUGACCCUCGGACAGGCGCCUGUCUCAAGUGCCUAUACCACACUGAGGGCUAUGCGUGUCAGCACUGCAAGCUGGGUUACUAUGGCAACGCUGCCACUCAGAGCUGCAGGAAGUGUAUGUGUUCCUCGGCGGGCACGGUACCUCAGGCCUGUUCGUCUCCUGAUGAGUGUCAGUGCAAUCAGCACAGCGGCCAGUGUCAGUGCCAGUCGAAUGUGGUCGGUCAGAACUGCGACCGCUGUGCUGCUGGCACAUGGAACAUCGCCAGCGGGACGGGCUGUCAGCGCUGCGACUGCGACCCCGUUCACUCUUUCGGAUCCUCCUGCAAUGACGUCACGGGACAGUGCUCGUGCAAACCUGGUUUUGGUGGCAGGAUGUGUCGCGAGUGCAGAGAGCUCUUCUGGGGAGAUCCAGAGGUCAAAUGUCAUGCCUGUGACUGCGAACCUCGGGGAAUCUCCAGUGAGCAGUGCCAUCGUGUGACAGGUCAGUGCACCUGCAAGGAGGGCGUGUCCGGCCCACGGUGCGACAAGUGUGCCAGGGGCUACCAGGGUGAGUUCCCCGGCUGUGAACGCUGCCACCAGUGCUUCGCUGUCUGGGACGCUGUGGUCGGCGAGCUGACCAAUCAGACUCGACGUCUGGAGGUCCAGGUCACCGAGCUUCAGAACACCGGGGUGACGGCGCCGUAUAAAGAAUUAAUCAGCAGCCUGGAGAGAAACGCCAAGGCUGUCAGAGAAAUCGUAGAGAGCAACCCUGCAGCGAUGAAGCUGGAGGAGAUACAGGAGCUGAUGCACCAGAUUACUGGUGUGAUGUCCUACCUAAACGGAAAGCUGAACACGACGGAGGAGAACUUGAACCAUCUCCACAGUGACGCCAACAAAACCGAUGCCAACUUGGACAGGCUGACGGAUGAGGCCAACCAGCUGGAGCUGCAGGUCCAGGAGCUGAAACAGCAGGUGUACAACGCUAAAAACGCCAACAUCCAGGGUGCCAUGGACACCAUUUCUGCUGCACACAGGCAGUCUGAGAUAGCGGAGCACCGCGCCAACGCCUCCACCAGUAAUCCUGGAAACAUACUGGAGCAGUCAGCUGCGGUACGGAAAGACACGGAGGACAAGCUGAGCAUCAGUCAGAAGGAGUUUGAUCGCAAGCACCAAAGAAACUUGAAGAAGCUGGACAAACUGUCCACUGAGCUGGAUCAGUUCGACCUGUCGCCUCUGAGCGAACAGAUGUGUGGUGGUGCAGCUGAAGGUGACAGCUGCUCUGGUUCCCCAUGCGGUGGUUUGGGUUGUGUUGGCAAAGACGGAGCUCGGUGUGGUGGAGAAGGAUGCAGAGGUCUUGUCACAACUUCACAGUCUGCCCUCAAAUCAGCCAAAGACCUGGACCAGGAGAUCCUGACAGCGAUGCAGGAGGUGGACAAGCUCUCCAGGAUGGUGUGGGAGGCCAACAACCGUGCGAAAGAGGCAAAGAUGAACGUUGUGGAGGUGCUGAUCAAAUCUAACCGGAGCAAAGAGAGAGUGGAGCAGAGCAACGAACAACUGCGCAGCCUCAUCAAAGAGAUUCGAGACCUGCUCAGCAAUGAGAAGGCAGACAUUGAGGUGAUCGAGGCUGUGGCCAACGAGGUGUUGACUCUGGAGAUGCCCACCUCGACAGAAAAGCUGCAGGAGCUGACGAAGGAGAUCAGGGAGAAGGUCGGCACCCUGACCAGCGUGGAGUCGAUCCUCACUCAGAGCGCUGAGGACAUCAAGGCAGCCGAGACGCUCCUGAAGGAGGCCAAGGCUGCCAGCGAGCAGGCGUCUAACAUGAAGGAGAAAGCAGAGGUAGUGAAGGCAGCUCUGGAUGAGACUGAGCGUGCUCAGACUAUCGCCAUGGAUGCCAUCCAGCUGGCAAAGAACAACACGAAGGGCACCCUGGAUCUCCUGGUCUCUGUGGAGUCGGAGACGGCCAUGUCGGAGCUGAAGCUCGGUAACACCACGGGUCGUCUGGUGCAGCUGGAGAGGGAGGUUGGCCUGCUGAGACAGAACAACCUGGAGGUGAACCGCAUGACGGAAACAGCUGAAUGGAUCACCGACCAGGCCAGGCUGAACGCGGAGGAGGCCCAGCAGGAGUUUGACUUGGAAGUGAAAGAUAAAGUCGAGGAGGUGGAGGACCUGGUGGAGGAUAAAGGGGAGUCGGUGCUGCAGGCGAGGAGGAGGGCAGACGAGCUUCAGCAGGAGGCGAAAGAGCUGCUCGCCCAGAGCAGCAGCAAGCUGGAGAAGCUCAGAGAGUUGGAGAAGUCUUACGAGGCAAACCAGCUCAUCCUGGAGACCAAGGCUGCGGAGUUGGCCGACCUGGAGAAAAUGGCCCGCCAGAUCCUGGAGGAGAUCAGCCACAAAGUGACGCUGUACAGCACCUGUGUGUGAUGAUCACGCUCCAGCACCUCAAACUGUCUGCUGUCCUCAAGUGUACUGGCUGGGAUUUCAACGGUGCCAAAUGUUUAUUAAGUAUUACAAAAUACUGCUCUCAGAUGAAUCCCUGCGUAUUUUAUAGCUAUUAGGACCAUACACUGUAAUGUCUGACAUUGUCAGUGCCAAAAGGUUUGACUGUGUGUAAGCCAACAUCUUAACACCCAAGUGUAUUGGACAGCUGUGCCAAAAUGUGUUUUAACAAUGGAAACAAGUUUUAAAGCUGCCAAAGUCCAUUAAAGUAUUAAAGUGA